GCGGCCGUAGUCCGGCCUCGCUGGUGCGCGGCGGGGGAGGGGGCGCGGGCCGGCGAAGGCGCUGUCACGUCAUGGCGGACGAGGGCGACUCUGAGCCGAGGAAGUCCUUCAAACUCCUAGGAUUUCUUGAUGUUAAAAGUGUUCCAUGUGCACGAGAAUCAGUGCUCUAUGGCUCCCUGGGAUCUUUAGUUGUGGGUCUUGGACAUUUUUUAGCAACUAGUAGAGUUAGAAGAUCUUGUGACUUUGCAGUUGGUGGCUUUAUUUGCACAAUGUUGGGAUACUGGUUUUACUGCAGGUACAAUUUGGCCCAACACAGGAUCCGGCAAAGAAUGCUUAAAGAAGGAAUGAGAAACAAAAUUUUAUUUGAAGGCAGUUCUCUUGAUCCAGAAAGAAAACAAACUGGCAAUGAAAGAAGUGAUUCAUAGUCUGCUAUAGAGGAAUCUGUGGUCUAAUACAGCUUUGGGAGAAGGUGGUCCGAAAAUGGCAGUCUUCCCUGUAAAUGUGUGAGGUGCCUAAAACUGGUAAAUCAUGCUGGUUUUCCUAGCAAAUCCAAGCAAGAAAUUCUUAGCAAAUCUGUUAAGUCAGUAUACAAGUCUGUCUUUGUUUCAUCUAUGUCUGUAUGUAUAUGACUGUGUACACAGAUAGUAUUGACCUCCUGUUCAACAUCUGGGAACUGAUGUGUUCUGUUACAGGGUCUCAAGAGGAUUAAUGACGGGUUUUGGGACUGCUUUAACUUCCAUUAUAAACAGAAGGGUUAAUUUUAGUGAAGUUGUAAUUACAUCUCAUUUCAAUAUAGGAAAAUAUUUUCAUCAGCUGUUCUCUUGAGUAAACUUAUCUUUCAGUGCUACUGUUAAUUGUGCUGUUUGUAAAACAGGAACAUUUAAACAGCAGGUGACCACUUUGCUUGUGCAAGGUGAGUGGUAUUGGUAGCCUUUGUAAGAUUUCAGCUGCAGAAUAACUUCAGAUAAUUUAUAUACACAGUGAAGUUGAAGGAUUUCAUCUUUGUUCUGUCUGUGCGAAACUAAGAAUAAAAUCACACUUCAGAAGCAGUCUAAGCUAUGUAAGUAACUAAUCUUUUUACUUGAUUAAAAAUCUUGCUCUUCUAUUUAAGAUAUUUCCUUACAAUUGGUGGAAUAAUAAUUUACAUUAUUUGUAAGUAGCAAUGGUCAGUAGUUGUGGUGUUUUUUUUUUUUUUUAAAGGCAUGUUCUACUUGUAUAUUUCACUGUACAUUUUCAGUUAAAUAUCACUAUAUAAUUUCAAGGAAACCAUCUUAUUUGGAAAUACAGUGUUAGGUGGUAAAAAGAUGAGUGAUGGCCUAAUAUUCCUUGCUUGCUUCUGUCUACACCAGUGACACAAUGCAUUUAUUUUUUUUCACAACAUGAUUUAUAGUAUGUUGUGCUGUAAGCACUUUUUGGUCUAAAGGCAUUCACUGAGCAAAAAUAGUCCUUUCCCCUCACCCUGUUAGUCUGAGAGAGUUUGUGAUCUGUUGUUAACUCAAGUUGGUGUGGGGAGGUUUGGGGAUCCAGAUGCAAACAGCAGCACUGCUCUACUUAUUUAAUUUGGAAAUAUACUUGAGAGCACUAUACAAACAUGCUAUUUACACUAGGAUAAUUAAACUUUUACCCUCUGUGGAUUAGCCUCUUACAAGAAGAAAACAAACUGUAUACUCUGUUUCCUUUUUUUCCUCUAUUCCUCUUGUUUCUUUUGGAGGAAACAAUAAAGAUAAGUUUUAUGGAGGACAUUCAUUUCAAUAGCUUUAUAUUAAAAGUCUCCAGAAAACUGGAGUUAGUGUGAUGAAAGACUUCCUGUCCUCACUGCAAAAUCUAAACUCAGAAGUUAACUGGUAGCUAACUCUUAAUUCAGAAGAGAAAAAUGUUUCCCCUCAUUCUGUGCUGGGUGAGGAGGGGUAGAGGGGGAGGGAAGCUCCUUCCCUUUGGGGUAGAAGGUGUUGCCUCAUAAAGCCAUUGGAGCGGCAGUGGGAAACUGAGCGAGCCAUGAACCAGGACUUACCAAGCUCCUAUUUUAAUGCAUGGUUGAGUUCUUUCCUAUCUGACCUAAGAAAAGGAACUGCAACCUAAGCAGGGGGUCUUUUGGCUGCGAGGUCAUAGUUCAGCUGGGGAGUUCAGGAAACAAAAGCAUGCAGAUGAAAAUUUACUCCUUGGCAAAGAGCAGUUGUAGAGAAAGAAGAGAAUACUGUUUCAUACUGAUAGGAAAGAAGUUAGCAUGCGCAUAAUGGCAUCCUUCAAAAUGCACAAGUACUGUGACUGAUGAGAAAAAAGGAGAAGCGUCAUGAUACUGUGUAAAUUGAAAAAUCUGGGGAAAACUGCAGCAUUAGAUCCUCCCCGGUGUUAAUUGGUGUCGGUUUAAGCCACUGCAUUUAAGGAUGUUAGCUCAAUAGCAGCCUAACUACAGUAUUAGCAAAUCUGGCCAAUAACAGUGAAAUUCUAGAUGUAUCUAUCUGCAUUACGUAGAUAGCCAAUCUCAUAGUUCUGUUUCACUUUACAAAAUGUAAAAUGAGUAUGCCAGAUGUUAACAGAAAAACGGGGAAAGAGGCAAUAUGCAGGCAGUCUCGCCAACACGUUUGAGCUUCAUUAUCUAGUAAAAUUUGAGGUGGAAUUGAGCUAACCAAAGUCAGAGCCUUUGCUGAAUGGGGCGGGGGGAUAAGGCAAGGAAGCUGUGAGCAGGAGUCAGUUGGCAUGAAAGGGGAGGGCCUGCAAUAGCAAAGGGAAGAAUACUCAUGGUUAAACAUGCAGGGGAAAAAAGUCAGUGUAAUUACUCAAAGCGCCGGCUACAGCUACUUUUGUGCCAGCUAUGGAAAGUGGAUUGAAUGUGACUGACGGGUUACAAACCCCUGUUGAAAGGGUGAGGGACAGGACAAAACCCAAAAAUCUGGAAGCUAUUAGUUGUUGUAAAUUAGGAUACGUUCACAAGAAAAUAAAAAUUACAGUAAUUUUAAUAGAAGUAAUUUUAACAUUUGAAAACAAUUUCCUAACUAAUUUUUAAAUUAGUGAGCCAUAUUGCUAUUAAUGCUAUUUUUUUUUAAUCUAAGUCAUUGGUGAAAACAUGUAGCAUGCAUCUGUGUUUUAUUAUCGGACUUGAUAUCUUUAAGUAUUGCUGCUAAUGACAAAUGUGAUAGUUCUUGCCUUAUCGAGGUUCAAAAUAUUCCUCAAGUUAAAACUUACCAGGCUGUUACUAGAGAGGAGGAAUCAUAAUUUUGAAGAUGUUUGGUUUUCAUCCCUCUGAAUGAGCCUUAAAAAGGAAAGAAUUAAGUAUAGCAAUGUCAAGCUAUAAAGUUGCUAAAAUCGUGUUUAUUUUACUGAGUUAUGUUACUUGGUCACUGAACGGUGACUGACAAGCACAAUUAGUUUUUAUCCCUGAAGUUAGUAAAAUCCUCCCUGAAAGCAAUCUAAAACACCACGAAAAUAAAUAGAUGGGUUUAUGGCCCCACUCUCUCCUCCACACCCUACUUGUCCCACUCCCCGCAGUAGCGAUACCCUUGGGAAGAGGUGUUUGCCAGCCCCCUCUGGCAGGAGUGCACACCUGGGGCUCCCAACAGCAACCAGAGCGCACCAUGGCGCAAGGGCAUGUGUCCUCCAAGCCUUUCAGGAAGGAAAGUCACUGUCAAGGCAACAGACUAAAACGUGGAAUCCAAGGUUAAUUGCCAGCUCUGUUACUAGAAAUGUGUGUGAUCAGAUCGCCUCUGCACCGCAGUGCCUUUCACUAAAGCAAACGUAACGCUUCAGCCAUCGGCAGUUGCGACUGGCUCAAAACACAAGAACAUUUUUGAAGUUGACAGCAGAGGCAAUUACAACUGUCAUCCCAAACUUGUCAUUUAUGUCUUGACCCAAGCAGAGAUUUUUGGGAGAUGCUGGCUCUUGCUGCAUUUUGCAGGCUUCCAGGCUAUUCUCUGUGUGUCACCACCCACCCCAAGUCCUCAUAUGCUGCAAAGGAAGGGUCAUUCCUGUCAUUAACAAAUGAGUCUGGCUUGUGGUAGGAUGAUUUUUUAGGCUGGGGGGGAAUUACAUUUGUUUUUUCUGGUGUAAGCAACCCAGGUAACAAUGAAAUACUUUGUGAACUCAGUUGUAAUGAGCUCCCAAGUGAAAGAUUUUCCCCAGCUUAGGAGGCUAAUUCUCAUACUUCUCUCAUUCCUAUCCAGGCGUUUAGCUCAGGAGCUCAGUGGUUACCAGUGAAAGUUGUUUGCUUGCUCCAUUUAAAGUUUGAAACAAAUACAUUGUUAUUGCCUUGGAAAACUGAUCAAAACAAAGGUUUUACAGUAUGUUCAGAUUAUAAGUACAUGAUCCUUGGAUGAUUUUUAAAAUUUUUUUUUUUAAGAACUGAGAAUUAAACGUCAGGAGUGGAGCUGAGCUUUAGUUAAUGUGACUCAAGGCCUUGGAACAUAUAUCCUUCUUAGGCUUAAAAUGAAAAUGCUACACUAAGCAAGUAUGGCUGCUAAACCUUCAGAUGGAGGCGGAGGAGCAGGCUGAUGAAGAGAAGUUAGAGCCUUGGGUGAUUUGAAGAUGCAGACUUUUAUUCACAGCUAGCAGCACCCUGACUGUAGGCCUGUUCGCAGGCCCCCACGUUUUCAUGUGCUCUCUAUUUUUUUUCUGCAUGGGCUUGUAGUUUGUCUGAGAGCCAUCCAGCAGUGGGUCUGCCUGUUCCUGUGGGAAUAGGUCACAGCAUCCCUGUAUCUGCUUGUUUUAAAGAUUAAGAGCAGUUUGUUCUGAGGAGGUUAUUUUAAUCCUUCCAGCUUCUGUCAUGUCAUGAGCAAGACUGCAUCAGAGCCAUCAAGUUUCCUGAACAUGCCAGGAGCCCACUGGCAGUACCUGAAAUGUACCGUGGGAGCAGAUAAUUACCACUGCAGGGCUCUUUAGACUGGCCAGAGCUCCAAAAACACCCAGCCUGUGUAUUGUGGUGAUCUGUUUAACAGAACCAAAGAUUCCCGCUCUCGUGUCUUCAAGCACUGGAGAGAAGGAAACACAUGCUUUGCUUGUUUUUUAAAAUCCUUGUUAUUUUGUCAAAUGCUGUAACAAAAAGCAGCAGGUGUGUUCUCAGCCAACAUGGCUUCUCUCUCUGGACAACAGAUCCUCAUCUCUCCUAUUUAUGGCAAAUGGCUUGUGAUCAACUGCAGUGAUUAUGGUGUGCAUAUAUCCAUGAGACAUCUUGACGUUCAAGCCUGCAUAUACGUGCAUGGCGGUUUUUUGGAGUUCACCUGCAAGCUUUACAACUCUGGCUGAUAUUCAUGCUUUCCAUCAUCCAGGUCAAGAGUUCUUACCACCUUUACCUUUGCCAGGUGGCCAAACCAAGUGAGAAAGAUCCUUCUCCACCACCUUGUCACUGUGACACUUCACAGCUGCUGCAGAAAUGGGAUGAGAGAUCCACCCAGCCAGUUUUCCUAUGGCUCCUUCUU